AUCACUUAAACAAGGAAAUGGCUCUACAAAACGGAGACAAAGCUAAGGAUGAGUCAACUCCGGUGAGGGCAGUGGUGGCGGCGAUGACGAAGGAUUGGACCCUUUUCAUGCUUAGGAUAGCUUGCUUCUUAGCCAUGGUUUCUGCAACUAUUGUAAUGGCACUUAACAAAGAAACAAAGACCUUAGUUGUUGCCACUAUUGGGAGCAACCCAGUCACAGCCACUCUUGCUGCCAAGUUCCAAUACGACCCAGCAUUUGUGUUCUUUAUAGUAGCCAACGGAUUAGCCAGCCUGCAUAACUUGUUGGUGAUAGCGCUUGACCUUUUCAAACAUAAGUUCAACGACAAGGGUCUCUGCCUUGUCAUUAUUCCAAUUUUCGAUAUGUUGCUAGUGGCAUUGGCAGCAGCAGGAGACGGGGCAGCCACAUUCAUGGCAGAGUUAGGGAAAAAUGGGAAUUCUCAUGCGAGGUGGAACAAAAUCUGCGACAAAUUUGGUGCAUAUUGUCAGCGCGGUGGAGUUGCCCUCAUUGCAUCGUUCAUCGGCCUUGUUUUGUUGAUUGUUAUUACGGUCUUAUCCAUCCUCAAACUACAUGCCAAACCCAAACUUACAACAACCCAUGCUUCAUCACUAAUCCCUUAAUUUUGUGUCUAUAUAUGUUUUAAUACUUAUUGUUCUUGUUAAUUUAGAGCUGUUAUGCCAUUUUUGUCUCUUUUUCUUUUAUUUCUCCAUUGAAAUAUAAUGUGGUUUUUGUUUUUGUUUUUUUUUUCCUCUCUCCCUCCUUCAUAUUUGGUGUGUCAUUAUUGGUGUUUUUUUGCAGUCUGCAAAUGUAACGAAGUGAUAUUUGUAUAUGUACUUGUUUCUCUUUUUUUAAUAAAUAAAAUGUUGAGGAA